GCUAUCCUAAAUAUAGCAACUUAACACUUUAACGAAAGCUGGAACUCCACUCUUUAAAAACACUUUAAAUAUUUCAAGUUGUAGAGUCAAAAACAUUGUAAACGCAUUAGUCUACUUCCCUGCGUUGCAUCAUCAUAUACAUACGUCGACAUGACUCAUAUAAAUGUACAGGCGCUAACUUUAGCUAGCCAUUUAAAGCAGUGCUCAUCUAUCCGGUCGGUUGCUAACAUGCUUAGCUAAGAGCUAGCUAGCGUCCCUUAUAUUCCUCAUAAGUAAUAAAAAUGCGCCAUUCUUUCCUCGUCUAGGAAAAGCUGCUGCUUUAUAUUUUGUUAAAAUGAUAUGUGAAUUACUAUCUGUGGUUAUUAGCAUUUGUGUCAUUUGGGAAGAGUAAAGUUGAACUCUUAACCCCACCUCGACUGUCUCAGAGAUCAUGUGUGUGUGGAUGUGUUUGUCCGUGUUCCUGUUGUGGAUGAGGUCAGGAGGAUGCACGGAGAAGGCCAACACGUCAGAUCUGAUUGAGUACACUGCAGCAGACUUCUACGAGAAGUUGCAUUCAGGGAAGAUGAUGUUUAUCUAUUUUGAGCAUCAAGUUUCUCCAACAGUGUCCCUCUUUUUGGUGGAGCUGGAGAAGUCUGUUGAGGCUCUGCAGGAUUAUGGAGUGUUGGUUGGCAAGGUCAACUGCAAUAAAGAGCUGGUUCACACAUACUGCACAGACGAGAGGGUGCUGCACACAGCUUUUCUCUUCAGGGGUGGAAAGGAGUUCCUGGGUUUUGAUUUGGACACCGUGUUUGAUGUCAACUCCAUUGUCUCUGAAGUCCUGUUUGCCAUCCUGCGUGAAGAGGUGAAGUACGUCCACACAGACGCUGACCUGCUGGCCAUGGAGAAGGCAGCCAGAGGGAAGAAGGAUCUCGUGCUGGGUUAUGUUCGCAGUCUGGGAACACAAGAGCACAGAUCCAUGAUGGAGACGGCGUAUGUGUACGGAUCCAAAUACCAGUUCAUCCUCAUCACAGGAGGCCCGGUUCUGAAGCACCUGGGUGUGGACGAGCUGUCUCACUCCUCCCAGGUGUGGUUCCUCCACUGCAGGCUUCACAGCAGCUACAGGAGCCCGAUGACCUCAGAGCGCUGCCCUUUAACCCGCAUGAGGAAACCCCUCUCCACCCUCAGCCUGCACUCCUUCCUGCAGCUCAUGGAGGCUCCACUAGUGUCAGAAGUUUAUGAAGACCCCUCCUCAGUCCAGCCCCCAGUGUUCCCCUACCAGCAGACCCCCCAGGUCUUCUUGUUCGCUCGUCCUGCCACCGAGCACCUGGACCGGGAGACGGCCGUCACCUUGGCCUGGAGGCUGCGGGGCCUCGCCCUGCUGGUCCUGGUACACAGACAGAGUCCUGCAGUGAAGACCUCAGAUGAUUAUAAUGCUGCUUACAGGUUACCUGUGAAGAGUUCAGACGUGAAAUAUUUGACCUUGCACGACCUUAACGAAGUAUUAGAUCUCUUCACAAACGAGGAGGAAGGAGAAGAGGACGAGGCGGUGGAGGAGGAUUCACAUGUUGGCGAGCUGGACGAUGAAGUAGCAGCGUCUCUAUAUGAAAACCGAGGCGACCUGCUGGACAUGGACUCAAUCACCCAGCUGACCUCUGAAAACUUCCACGCUGCAGUCGCUCAGAGCAGCCUCACAGUGGUGCUCUUCUACCUCAGAUGGGAUGCUGUUGCUAUGGCUUUUCUCAGCUCGUAUAGUGAAGUUGCAGAGAGACUUGAAGGUUCCGACGUCCAGAUGUGUGCAGUGGACUGCGGCGAGUGGACCGACCUCUGUGUCGCUCAGACGGGCGGCUCCCCCCCGAUCCCGUUCCGGCCAAUCACAGUGUUCCCCAGCGUCCUGCUGCUCCGCCCCCGGGAGUCGGCCCAGCAGUACAGAGGCAUGCUGGGUACUGAGGCGCUGCAUCGCUUCAUCAUGCUGAGCAGUCGAGAUUCUCCUGUGCUGCUGUCCACCCCUAAAGAAGUGACAUCAUUUCUCCAGGAGUCGCCUCACAACGAGCUAGCAGGCCACAAGCCCGACCGAGUGCUGGGGCUGUUCCAGACAGAUGCAGGUGCAUCACUCUUUACUGAAGCAGCAAAGUCCCUGAGAGGAGAGGUGCUGAGCGGGCUGCUGACAGAUGAGCUGGCAGAGGAAUGGGCUGCAGAGCACACUGUGGACCUUCCUGGAGUGUUUGUGUUUCCAUCGUGGAGGACACAGAGUCGUCCCUCCUCACUGACUCUGCCAACUUCUGUUGAAGAGCUGCUCACACACAUUAAGUCUGCACUGCUGCAUCCACUGCCUGAGCUCACAGUGGAGAACCUGCCGUCCUUCCUCUCCCUGGGUAAAGCCCUCCUCCUCCUCUUUGUGGGAGAAGAGGAGGAUGAGAUCGGCUGGAGGCAGAACCAGGCGCUGCUGGAGGAGAUGAGAGGAGUGGUAGAGUUGGGCGGGGGAAAGAUGGAGCGUUACCUGGCCUGCUGGAUCCACCUUGGCCGUACUCCAGCUGGUAUGUCUGUCCUGGGGUCAUACCUGGGCUCCAUGCCCCCCCUCCCUGCUCUGGUCCUCACACAUUUGCCCUCUGGAGAUGAAAUCUACCAAUACCCCUCCAACACCCCCAUAGGAGCACCCGCUGUGCUGCAGUGGCUGCAGAGGGUCGAGGACGGCAAAGAAUCCCCCGCAGGGAUGUUGGGUGACGACAGCUGGCCUCCUGCGCACGACUUCUACGACUUCCUGAAAGUGAUGGACAUGCAGGAGCCAGACUCCGCCCAGCAGCGAACUCUGUCAGCACACGACCACUAUGAGGACGUAGACGAGGCGACAGUGGAGGGAAAUGAUGUUGAAGAAGGAACGGGUUCCUCCUCCUCCUCCCGGCUUUCUGCUCCAGACAACAACGCUAACCUUCACUCUGAACUGUAGUGAUGAUAAUGACUCCAUUAUUAAAUCAUCGGGCUUAUAAACAGGUGUUUGAAAUAAGCACAAGAUACCUGAGCCUCAAUUAGCUUUAAGACAUAUGAUGACAUUUUAUACUCUGAAAUGUGGAAUGGACCAGAAGACACUGUGAACAUUUGAAUGAAAGGAAAUCUAUAAAUAUGCAUAAACACACUCUUCAUGUUUCUACACA